AUGCUCACUAACACACCUCUGUCGUCAAAGCGAUAUGCUUCUAUCCUGGCAACCUGCGUCUCCCUGGGAGCCUUAGCUCUUAUCCUCCUGAUACUCUUUGCGCUCUACCUUUUUCAGCGCUACCACCCCCAGAAUAAAGAAAAACAGGCCGAAGGUAACACCGAGAAGGCAGCCUUUCUGCCAAAAGUAGAUUCUCUCUUGUCAGCGAAUUCGACGCCAAAGCUGAGGCUGUGUGGGACAGAGGACAAAGGGUCAAAUAAUGAGUUUGAAGAAAAGAGGGCCGAUAACUCAGAGACUAAAGAAACUGACAUAAACUUGAAUAAAGUGACAACUGAGAUGCUGCAACCUGAAAAACGAGACUUUCCUCCCGUUUCCAAGGCCACUAUUAGCCUGUUCGAGCCAUCAGAAUCUAAUUUUUCGGUAGCUGAGACCCUCUCUCAGGCCUUUUCUGGGUUCGGCCAGAAGGCUAUAGAUCUCUUCUCGGAGAGGAGUGGUGGAGAUGGUGAGGCCGAGCCUCAUUCGCAUCUUCCUGACGAGUCACAGGGGGAGGACGGUUGCUGCAAGCAGAUGCUCAACCAGAAUGGCCACGUUAAAGACUCGGGCUCUGGCUGUGUGAACUCAACUGGCGAACUUAACAAUAGCAAUGAUGCGCGUGAAGCGCUCACGGCACAAACCAACUCCAUCCUCUCCUGGUCAGUCUCCCAUAUUCUUUUUUGGUGA